GACACAAAGUUCUGGGUUCCUGGUUCCUGGUUCCAUGAGGAACCCAGGAAGAUGAAGAGGAAGAUGCAACGAUGUUGAAAUCUCUCAUCACUAAUGAGGAAGGUCAUGUGAAUUUUGAAGAGAAAGCAGCUAUAGUUCAGAAACUUAAAGAAAAGUUUGUGCAGAAAAACUCUUCUGAAAAGAUUGAGGAGAAAAACUCUUCUGAAAAGAUUGAGGAGAAAAACUAUCUCCUCAUUCUAGAUGAUGUAUGGAAUGAAGAAAAGCCAAAAUGGGAUAACUUAAGAAAUUGUUUGUUGGGAAUAGGCAAAAUGGGUGGGAGUAGGGUUCUUGUCACAACUAGAAAUGAGAAAGUAGCUUCCAUAAUGGGAACCAAGAACAUGCAUAGUCUUGCCAAGCUAGAAACGAAGGAUUGUUGGUCUAUUAUCAGGCUUAAAGCAUUUGGCAACUCUCCUAAUUCUUCGGAAUUGGAGGAAUUGGAAAGUAUUGGAAGGAACAUUGCUGAGAAAUGUAAAGGUGUGGCAUUAGUUGCAAAUGUUGUAGGGGGGACAUUGUGCAAUAAUAUAAACAAAGAUUAUUGGACAUCAAUUAGAGAUGAUAAGGAAGUAUGGGAUUCAAUAGAAAAGGCUGAUGGAGUUUUGCGUGUAUUACAAUUAAGUUUUGAUCGGUUGCCAAUACCUGCUUUAAAACAAUGUUUUGCUUUUUGCUCUAUUUUCCCCAAAGACUUUGUCAUGGAAAAGGAGAUGUUAAUCCAGCUCUGGAUGGGUGAAGGAUAUCUUCAACCAUCUAGAAAAAGCUACAAGAAGAUGGAAGAUAUUGGAUAUCUUCAACCGUUUAGAAAAAGCUACAAGGAGAUGGAAGAUAUUGGUGGCAAGUAUUUCAAUGACUUGUUCUCAUACUCGUUAUUUCAAGAUGCAAAAAAAGACUCUUAUGGUAGUAUUAUUUCUUGCAAAAUGCAUGAUUUAAUACAUGAUUUAGCACAAUCUAUUUCAGAGUCUCAAACGUUGAUUUGGGAUCGUAGUAGUAGUAGUGAUACUCCUGCAAACAUUCAGCAUUUGGAGGAUGGUAGUAGUGAUAUUCCUACAGACAUUCGGCAUUUGAAUCUAAUUUCUAAGGAGGGUAUGCCAAAAACAAAAAUAGGGGAACUGCGUACCUUGUUUUCAUGUGUUGAUGUUUCUCAAAACAAGCUUGAAAACUUUAUAAAGGUGCGAGUUCUCAGUUUUUGUGGUGCUAACAUUGAUGAGUUGCCAGCUUUUUUGGGGAAAAUGAAGCAUUUAAGGUUUUUAGAUGUUUCAGAAACUAAAAUCAAAGAACUUCCCAAAUUCAUCACUAAGCUCUAUCAUUUGCAGACAUUUAGAUUUAUGAAUUGUGGGGAAAUCAAGAGGCCUUUGAAUGGAAUAUGGGAUUUAGUCAAUUUGAGACACAUUUAUUUCAAUGAUGAAAAGCUUAUGCCAGCUGGGAUUGGUGGAUUAACUUGUUUGAAAACAUUACAAUUAUUUGUUGUGGGCCAACAAAAGGGACAUCAAAUUGAAGAAUUGGGAUGUUUAAGCCAACUCCGAGGAAAAUUAGAGAUUCGUAAUUUGGAUAACGUUAGAGACAAAGAAGAAGCCAUGGGAGCAAGACUUUUUGAAAAGGGUACAAUUCAGGAGUUGCAAUUCCAAUUUGGUGGGAAGUCUAAUCUUAGUGAAGAUAGAUGCAAACAAGAUGAAGAUAUCUUGGAAGGCCUCCAACCUCAUUCAAAUUUGAAAGGCCUGACCAUUGAACGCUAUUGUGGUAAAAGUUGUCCUUCAUGGAUCAUUCCAUCACUGUCACUCGACGAGGAAGCAAAGGUGGAAAUUAAUUAUUGCAAGAAUUUGAAAAGCAUUGCAGAUUCGUCCCUUCAAAAACUCAUCAUUAAGAAAUGUGAAGAACUGGUUGGGGUAGAGGUUGGACCAGUUGCCAGGAAGUCUCUCAAAGAAGUACACAUAAGGAGUUGUGGUAAAUUGGUAAAUCUUCCGAUGAUUAGUAAAUUACAAUCUCUUGAGGUACUUGAACUUCAGCAUUGCAAGGAAUUGAAGAUGAUUGGAGAUGAUGCUCCAUUUAACUCCACGUGUCUACAAGAGUUAAAUAUUCAGGAUUGUCAUAGCCUGAUGUCCAUGCCCAGUGUAGAUGGGCUGUCCUCACUUCAAAAAAUUGAAAUAGGCUGGUGUGGGCAAUUGAAAAGCAUAGGAGAGGAUUUAUCUACUGCCACGUGUCUCAAAGAGUUGACUGUAUGGGAGUGCAAUGGUUUGAUGUCCUUUCCGAACCUCCAUGGGCUUUCAUCUCUUCAGACUUUAUGGAUAAGCGAUUGUGGUGGAUUAAGAAGUUUGCCGAGUGGGUUGCCAUCAUGCACUGCUCUUGAGGAUCUGGAUAUCUCCUACUGUCAUAAUCUAAUCUCUAUUCCAGAUGAUUUGAGGAGCAUCCCUAACCCUGCCUGCCUUGCUUGCCUGAAGAAGCUGACUAUUGGUGGUUUCUCAACAGAGCUCAAGGAAUUUCCAGAUCUGGGCUUCAUCAGAUCUCAUCUUGAAGGAUUGACUUUGAUUGCAUGGGGAGAACCAAGAGAACGUCUGCUGGAUCAAAUUCAACACCUAACUGCCCUUAAUUCUCUCGCAAUAAGCGGUUUUGAUGGACUGGAAGCUUUGCCAAAUUGGUUUGGAAACUUAUCCUCUCUUCAAACUCUGCGAAUUGACAAUUGCAAAUCUCUGAAACAUAUGAAAGCCAUCCGAUGCCUCUCCAAAUUAGAAAGCCUUCUUAUUUAUGGAUGCCCUGAGUUAAAGGAAAGAUGCACUGAAGGAAGUGGUUCCGAGUGGGACUACAUCUCUCACAUUCCAGAGAUCUACAUAGAGGGCAGAUGGAUCCAAAGCAAAAGAGGAUACAAUUUUAAAAAAUGAAGUUGCUCAAACAAGUAUUGUGAAUGCAUGCAGGCCUCUAGUUCUUCAAAUUAACCUGCAAGCAAUCAGGCUCUAAAACCAUAUGUGAUGUUGGUGACACCUUGCAGAAAAGCCAAAGUGCCAAGCACAACAAUCAUCUCAAAAGCCAUGGACACCUUUUGAUUUUUAUAAGAUCCAUACAUGAAUUCAGACUUGUAAUUAUAAUAGAUUUUGAAUUCAAACUUGGAAGAAUCUGCAACUAAGGGGAUUCAGACCAUGGAGAUAGAAAUGGAAAACAAGCCAGUGUAAUUUACUUUUGAAUUUUUUGUUCAUUUAAAGCAUUGGUUUUUCUUUAAUUUCUAGAUUGAUGUUUGUGGUUAUGAUCUAGAUUGUUGGUCGUUUUAAUUUGUCCACGGGAAUACAAAACAUGGAUUGGAGUUCUAUUAGGUGUUAUGGUUUCAAUAGGGUUUGAUUGCUGUAAUUGUAGGCCAUCCAUUGGCCUUGAAACACCUAACAAAUGCUGAUUGAACGAACAAAAAGCAGUUAGAAAGGCACUGUCAUCAAGAGAAAUUAAGAAUGAUUCUGGUA